CGACUAAUCUACUAACAUAAACUAUGCAGUUAGCACAUAGUGAUAAACACAAAUUAAUUAAACAACUAAACGAAAAUCAAAUAAACGAUUCCGAUUAUAAUCCAACCUACUAACAAAAUUAUAAUCAAACCGAGUAAGACGCCUACCCAUAACGUGGCCUACACAUAACGUAUCUUUUCUGCCCUUCCUUUUUUCGGUAAAAAUCUUUUCUACUCUCUGUAUGUUGCGUAAGGUAAAAAAAAAUAAAAGAAGGAUGAUGCAACAUAUUGCCGUUCGGUGGGGCCAAGCAUCCCUCCAGCCGUCCGUUCCUCACCGUACGUCUUUUAACCUCCCUCUGCCUCAUCCUUUCGUACACUCAGUCACCACCACCUUCAAUUACUGCAACGUCUAGUAAUGAGUAACCCCUCUGCUUGCUAGCUGCAACAGACCAGAAGCAUGCCCACAGUAAAAAUUAAGCAAACAGCUCAACUACUGUCCGCUCCAGCGUAGUUCUAGUCUCUGUAUUUGCAUGGCUACAGCGGAUCCUCAGCCACCGCUUGUAAUUAACAAUCAAAACCAACUACCACCGCUGCAACAACACCACCAAGAAGAAGGAGAAGAAGAGGAGGUGGAAGAAGAGAGAGACGUGGACGAAACCUGCCCACCUUUGCCUUCUUCUCCUUCUUCUUCUUCUUUUUCUACUUCCUCUUCUCUUGACACAUCUCUCCUCAGGAAUCUCUACAUUGCCCAAUUCUUGGCCAGAUGGGAUGCCAGGAUGUGGGAAUUCUGUGUGGGGCUGUACAUGAUCAAUCUUUGGCCCAGAUCUUUAGUCCUGGCAGCUGUUUACGGUGCUGUUGAAUCUGCUUCCACUGCACUUUUGGGUCCAACAAUCGGAGAAUGGGUUCAACGCCUCACUUACGUACAGGUCCUUCGGCUAUGGUUAGUGGCUCAGAAUCUCUCUUUCAUGGUUGCUGGUGGCACUGUCGUCGCCUUGUUCCUCUUUCCGACUCUCAAGUCCACAAACUUCACAGCCUUCGUCUCGCUGGUUGCAUUGGCCAACGCCUCUGGCGCCGUUGGCUCCCUUUCCACUCUUGCUGGCACCAUUUUGAUAGAAAGAGAAUGGGUAGUGGUAAUUUCGGAAGGCCAUCCUCCAGAUGUGCUAACAAAGACCAACUCAACCAUCAGACGGAUCGAUCUGACCUGCAAGCUUCUGGCACCAGUGGUCUCUGGUUUCAUCAUCAGCUUUGUAUCAUUAAAAGCAUCUGCCAUAACUUUAUCCUGCUGGAACAUUGCAGCAGUAGGGCUGGAAUACCUGCUCUUCAUGUCUGUGUAUAAAGGGAUCCCAGCUCUAGGCGAGAGUAACCACAAAAAGAGGGAUUCAAGAUUUUCGCCACCAAGAGAUGAUCCUCAUGGUGCAGGAUUUGAUAGUAAGGGACGGGGAGCCAAAGUAUGUGAAUGGCUCUACAGCCUCCACUUCAUUAGCUCUUGGAGAGUGUACUUGAAACAAAGUACUGUGCUCCCUGGUGUAGCUCUUGCCUUGCUGUUUUUCACAGUCAUCAGCUUUGGCACCCUGAUGACAGCAACAUUAGAGUGGGAGGGAAUUCCUGCUUAUGUAAUUGGGAUAGGUCGAGGUGUAAGCGCCACCAUCGGAAUAUCUGCUACUUCUGUAUACCCAAUCAUGCAGUCUCAGCUUUCAACUCUCAGAACGGGGCUUUGGUCUGUAUGGUAUCAGUGGGCUUGCCUUGUUGUAUGUGUGGGUGGAAUAUGGGUCCAUAGCCAGAAACCAUCUGCAUAUAUGCUCAUGGCUGGAGUCGCAACAUCUCGACUUGGCUUAUGGAUGUUCGACUUAUCUGUGGUCCAGCAAAUGCAGGAUCGUGUUGCUGAAUCUGAUCGUUGCAUUGUCGGAGGUGUUCAGAACUCUCUUCAAUCUGCUCUUGAUCUGCUGGGUUAUGUGAUGGGCAUAAUCAUCUCAGACCCAAAGGAUUUCUGGAAGCUGAGUUUGAUAUCCUUCGCUGCUGUAACCAUGGCUGCCCUUCUGUAUAGCAUACAUACAUACCGGGUCCGAAAGCACCUCAUUCACUUUGAAAAGCUUAUUAUGCUGGCAAGACGGCGAAAAAGGUCGCCUGGAACUGCAUCAUCCACUGCGUGAAGAAAAGCUGAAAUGAGGGAAGCUUACUACGAUUUCAUCAAGCUCGCGACUUGAGACCCGCUAUAUUUGUGACGAAAAUAGCCAGAAGUUUGAUGAAUUGAACCGUGUACUCUGGCUCUCAGAAGUCAGCAACUUCUAUAAUUAUGAAUACAACAAUUACCCAUUUUGAAGGGGUUUAAGAUGUUGAAGCCAUACUACAUCAUCAUUGUAACCUCCGGCUGCCUCUCUACAUUACAGUUGCAACUCCCAAGUGGAUUUGAGAAAAUAAACAACAGCCCGAACCGAAAAGACAAUCACUAAUCAGCUUUUUCACUAACACGGUUUACUACAUUUUACAAGUCCAGGCCGCUGCCAUUGCUCCGUGAUGAGUUGAAGUCCUCCCUGUUUAAAAUCAGAGACAAACACAGUACUCAUUGGUUGCAACACCUAGCCAUCGCUAAGUAGACUAUUUUUCAAAUUCAGAUUACCCACCAUGAGAUCCUAUGCGCACUUGAUAAAUUUCAAGAAAGUCAAAACACUUUCAGUCCUACCAUGUACGAAGGCAUAAAAAUGAAUUGUGUGCAAAAAGGCAAAUACUUACAGCGCGUAAACCUUAUUACAAAUUCUCUUUGCAUGUUGACUUGUUGUGUCCAAGACCUUUGCAUCUGCUGCACUGGAGUUGACGUUUCAUAGUCUCCUGCGUUACAUAUUUCUUUGUGGUGGGCCGUCCAGGGGGACGCCGAGUAGGAGGAGGGGUGAUAGUCACUACUCCUCCGUUCAAAGGCUUUCUCUCACUAGGCCUCUCCACUUGUGGUAUAGGGUGGACCGACUCUGAAUAAGUUAAUCUGUAACAAUCGGUAGAGAAAUACCUAGAACAAUAAUCGUAAGGACUCCUGCCAAUGCAACCUAUCACAGCAAGUGCAUGGGAACAAGGUAACCCACUAAGCUGCCACCCUUUACAGCUACAAU